UUCCUCUUAAGUUACUAUUUCACUUUCAAUCUCCUCUGUCACCAAUCUGCAACCAUUUCUUUCUCCAAGUUCCAUUCAUGCUUUUGGGUUCGAACAAAAUGGGUAAAAUUGUCAAUUCGACCACCAAGUCUUCACCACGUGUUGCAGACUCUGCUGUCCUCAAAAGCCAUAUUGAAGCUGAUUAUGACAGUGAGAACUUUAUUAUGAUUGGUAGUGUUCCAGUCCCGCUGCCUAGAAAGAAAGUGAAGUUUUCACUCCCUUGGUCACCUAUUACUCGUUUUAAACCAAAAAAAAUCAGCAGGAGAACUCGUGCUGAUUUAGAAUCAGCCAUUCCUAAUGGACACAAAUGUAGUGUACCAAGCUCUAAUUUUGAAAAUUCUAACUCACCUAUUACAAAGGAAGUUGCGGAAGAUUCUAACUUGUCAAAUCCCCUCGAUGAAUCGCCUCAUAGCAAUCAAUGUUGGGCGAAGAAACCUGAUUCUGUCAAUAAACCUCAUAAUAGUGGCACCAAUUCAAACCAUGCUGCUGCAGUUGGUGGUCCCAUGUUUGAUUCUUCGGUUAACAAACCAGAGUUCAGACCAUUUGACAUUUGCUUUCGUGGAAGAAGACAUCAUUGUUUAACAAAAUCUGCUUUGCAUGGAGAAAACAAGGAAAGUAGAAUUGAGAUGUAUGAUGAAAGAUCAGAAGGGUGGGUGUUGGGGCCUGGGAUGGUUCUCUUGAAAAAUUUCAUAAGCCAUGAUGGACAGGUGGAGAUAGUGAGAAUUUGUCGUGAACUUGGUCUGGGUCCUGGAGGAUUCUAUCAACCAGGAUAUGCAAAUGGAGCGAAACUUCGGUUGAAGAUGAUGUGCCUUGGUAUGGAUUGGGAUCCUCAGACCUAUAAAUAUGGAACGAAACGGGUAUUUGACGGUAGCACCCCACCUAGUAUUCCCGAUCAAUUCAGUGAACUAGUUGCAAGAUCAAUCAAAAAAGCUCAAUCUCUCGCUAAAAUGGAAUAUGGAGUUCUUCAUGCGGAGGACAUUCUUCCUUCAAUGACUCCUGACAUCUGCAUAGUCAACUUUUAUACAAACAAUGGAAAACUUGGUCUUCAUCAAGAUCGUGAUGAAAGCAGAGAAAGUCUUCAGAAGGGAUUGCCUGUUGUAUCUUUCUCUAUUGGUGAUUCUGCAGAUUUUCUUUAUGGGGUUAGGAGGAAUGAAGAGGAGGCAGAGUGGGUAAUGUUAGAAUCCGGAGAUGUGCUGAUAUUUGGUGGUGAAUUUCGACAUAUUUUCCAUGGUGUGCCAUCAGUCUUACCAAAUUCAGCUCCGAAGGAAUUGCUCAGAGACUCUGGGCUUUCUCCUGGUCGACUCAAUCUUACAUUCAGACAAUAUUAAUGCAGUUUAUUAUCACUAGUUAUCAUUGUCUAGGUGAAUAUCACUUGUU